AGCUUAACAAAUGGCGGCACAGUGCGUGACAAAGGUGGAGCUGACCAUUUCCUGCACCAAUCUCUUGGAUAAAGAUGUUGGUUCCAAGUCAGACCCACUGUGUGUGCUUCUCCAGAACACGAGUGGUCAGCAGUGGUAUGAGGUUGAUCGCACAGAAAGAGUUAAGAAUUCCUUGAACCCAAAGUUUGCCAAGAAAUUCCUAAUUGAUUACUAUUUUGAGCUUGUUCAGAAACUUAAAUUUGGAAUAUAUGACAUUGAUAACAAAACCUUUGAUCUGAAUGAUGAUGACUUCUUAGGAGAAUUUGAAUGUACACUGGGACAAAUAGUUUCUAGCAGGACUCUAACAAAACCAUUAGUACUUAAAAAUGGCAGGCCUGCUGGAAGAGGAAGUAUUACGAUUACAGCAGAAGAAGUGAAGGAUAACAGGGUGGUUAUAUUGGAAGUAGAAGCAAGGAAACUGGACAAUAAGGAUUUUUUUGGAAAGUCAGAUCCUUAUCUGGAAUUCCACAAGCAGACUGGAGAUGGAAACUGGGUGAUGGUUCACAGAACAGAGGUUAUUAAAAACAACCUGAAUCCUGUUUGGAGGCCCUUUAAAAUCUCUCUUAAUUCUCUGUGUUACAGUGACAUGGAUAAGUCAAUCAAGGUUGAGUGCUAUGACUAUGAUAGUGAUGGGUCUCAUGAUCUCAUAGGAAGUUUUCAAACUACGAUGUCAAGACUGAAGGAAGCAUCUCGGUCCUCACCUGUUGAAUUUGAGUGCAUCAAUGAAAAGAAAAGACAGAAGAAGAAAAGCUAUAAGAACUCUGGCAUUGUGAGCGUUAAGCACUGUGAGAUCAUAGUAGAAUGCACAUUCCUUGAUUACAUCAUGGGUGGGUGUCAGCUGAAUUUCACAGUGGGGGUAGAUUUUACAGGCUCCAAUGGAGACCCUCGCUCUCCAGACUCUCUGCAUUACCUCAGCCCUAAUGGAGUUAACGAAUACCUAACAGCCAUUUGGUCUGUAGGAAUGGUCAUUCAGGAUUAUGAUACAGAUAAGAUGUUUCCAGCCUUUGGAUUUGGUGCACAAAUUCCUCCUUCCUUUCAGGUGUCACAUGAGUUCCCAUUAAAUUUUAACCCAUCAAACCCAUUCUGUAAUGGAAUCCAAGGGAUUGUUGAUGCAUAUCGGGCUUGUCUUCCUCAAGUGAAGUUAUAUGGGCCAACAAAUUUUUCUCCAAUUAUAAAUCAUGUCGCAAGAUUUGCUGCUGCAGCUACACAACAGCAAACAGCAUCUCAAUACUUUAUACUUCUGAUCAUAACGGAUGGCGUGAUAACAGACCUUGAUCAAACUCGAACCGCCAUAGUUAAUGCUUCGAAAUUGCCCAUGUCCAUUAUCAUUGUUGGUGUUGGAGGAGCAGACUUCGACGCUAUGGAGUUUCUUGAUGGUGACAAUGGAGUUCUUAGGUCCUCGUCAGGAGAACCAGCUGUCAGAGACAUUGUCCAGUUUGUGCCAUUCAGGAAGUUCCAAAAUUCUCCCAAAGAAGCUCUGGCACAGUGCGUCUUGGCAGAAGUCCCUCAGCAAGUGGUGAACUACUUCAGCACCUACAAACUGCAACCGCCUAAGAAUCCUGCUGCAAAGUGA